CCUUCAACUCUGGGAUUCUGAAGAAGAUGGCUGAUCCUUGGCAAGAAUGCAUGGAUUAUGCAGUUACGUUAGCAAGACAAGCUGGAGAGGUGAUCCGUGAAGCUCUAAAAAAAGAAGUGAAUGUUAUGAUUAAAAGUUCUCCAGCUGAUUUGGUAACUGCUACUGAUCAAAAAGUUGAAAAAAUGCUUAUCUCCUCCAUAAAGGAGAAGUAUCCAUCCCACAGUUUCAUUGGUGAGGAAUCUGUGGCAGCUGGGGAAAAAAGUAUCUUAAGUGACAACCCCACAUGGAUCAUUGACCCUAUCGAUGGGACAACUAACUUUGUACAUAGAUUUCCUUUUGUAGCUGUUUCGAUUGGCUUUGUUGUAAAUAAAAAGAUGGAAUUUGGAGUGGUGUACAGUUGCGUGGAAGAUAAGAUGUAUACUGGCAGGAAAGGAAGAGGUGCCUUUUGUAAUGGCCAAAAACUACAAGUUUCAAAGCAAGAAGAUAUUACCAAGUCACUCUUGGUGACCGAGUUGGGAUCUUCCAGAACACCAGAGACUGUAAGAGUCGUUCUUUCUAAUAUGGAAAAGCUUUUUGCUAUUCCCAUUCAUGGAAUCCGGAGUGUUGGGACAGCAGCUGUUAACAUGUGCCUUGUGGCAACUGGAGGAGCAGAUGCAUAUUAUGAAAUGGGAAUUCACUGCUGGGAUAUGGCGGGAGCUGGCAUUAUUGUUACUGAAGCUGGUGGAGUACUAAUGGAUGUAACAGGUGGAUCAUUUGAUUUGAUGUCACGAAGAAUAAUUGCUGCAAAUAAUAGAGCAUUAGCAGAAAGGAUAGCCAAAGAAAUUCAGAUAAUACCUUUACAAAGAGAUGAUGAAGAUUAAUUCCAGCCGCCUCAUUAUUCACAGUUAUUUUUGCCCAGAUUUACUGAAGUGCUGAUGGGUAUCUGUUUCACAUGUAUGAUAUGAUUUAGAUUAUCUUUGAUGUUCUAAUUUUAAAAUGAAAAAUUUUACUGUAGGCUGUAUGCAAAAAUAGAUGUAAUAUUUUGUUUUGUGACUUUAAAACAUUUUGCAUUUAUACAUUGGGAAAAAUAUACUGAAGUAUAGUUUGUGAGCUACACAUGGAAAUAAUUAGCAAUUGUGUGUUUUCUGUAUGUGGUGCUCUGAACUGUUGAGUUACUAUUUAUAUACAUAAGUACUCAAUUAGAAAGUGACCUUUUUUUGGAAAAAAUUUUCUUUGUUCUAAAAGCUAUAUUUAAAAUUUAUAAGGCUAUAAUAAAUGCUUUUUAGAUUAAGGUUUUGCUUCUUAGCAGAAAACGUUGUAUCUGCAGUAUAGUACCUAGCACGGUACCUGUCAAAUAGGAAGUACCUCAAAAAUGAACAUUUUAAGAAUGAGUAUUUUUAACCAACAGUUCCUAUUUAUAAUAAUUACAUAAAGUAAAGAGCUCACUAUUCUGUAGUUUGGCUUUUUUUUUUUUUUUUUUUUUAC